CAUAUUACAAAACAAUACUUCGCUUUUAAUCCACUGUUUACAGAAGGAAAUCUGUAAAGCCCCUAAUGCUGGAGAGCUGAAGUAAAAGUCUAGUAAGUCAGAGAAACAACAGAAUCACCUAAACUCAGGAGAGAAGACAGCAGCAGUGGACUUAUUUUAGAAAUAUUCAUCUCAUGUCUUAGUGCUAGCUCAUUCCUUGCUAUUGUAAGAUUUGCUCAAGACUGAAUGGCCAGCUGAUGAAAUAGCCAUACAUUCAUCUCCAUCCCUCUGCAUAGGAUAAGAAAACAUUCUGAACAUGGCCUCAGAGAUCCAAAUGCCAGGCCCUGUGUGCCUCAUUGAGAAUGCUAAUGAGAAACUGGUGGUUAAUCCAGAAGCUUUGAAGAUACUGGCAGCCAUUUCACAGCCUGUUGUGGUGGUGGCAAUUGUAGGUCUCUAUCGCACAGGCAAGUCCUACCUGAUGAACAGGCUGGCUGGGAAGAGAACAGGGUUCUCUCUAGGAUCCACAGUGCAAUCUCACACCAAAGGAAUCUGGAUGUGGUGUGUACCUCACCCCGAGAAGUCCGACCAUACUUUAGUUCUUCUGGACACUGAAGGCCUGGGAGACAUAGAGAAGGGUAACAAUCAGAACGACUCCUGGAUUUUUGCCUUAGCAAUCCUCCUGAGCAGCACCUUUGUGUACAACAGCAUAGGUACCAUCACUCAGCAGGCCAUGGAUCAACUGCACUAUGUCACAGAGCUAACAGAUCGAAUCAGAGCAAAAUCCUCACCCUGUGACAAUGGGACCAAUGAUUCAGCUGACUUUGUGAGCUUCUUCCCAGACUUUGUGUGGACCCUACGGGAUUUCUCCCUAGAUUUGGAAGCAGAUGGACAGAAUAUCACACCAGAUGAGUACCUGGAGCUCUCACUAAAGCUUAAGAAAGGUACCAGCCAAAAAGAUAAAAAUUUUAAUCUGCCUCGACUCUGUAUCCGGAAAUUCUUCCCAAAGAAGAAAUGCUUCAUCUUUGAUCAACCCACUCACCGAAAGAAACUAAAAAAUCUUGAGACAUUGCCCGAUGAUGAGCUAGAUCCUGAAUUUGUAACACAAGCUGCAGAUUUCUGUUCCUACAUCUUUAGCAGUUCCAAAACAAAAACUCUUUUAGGAGGCAUCAAGGUCAAUGGACUUCGUCUAGAGAACCUGGUGCUGACAUAUGUCAAUGCUAUCAAUAGUGGAGAAAUGCCCUGCAUGGAGGAUGCAGUCUUAGCCUUGGCACAGAUAGAGAAUUCAGCUGCAGUGCAAAAGGCCGUUAAUUAUUAUAGUCAACAGAUGGGCCAGAAGUUGCAGCUGCCCACAGAAACCCUCAAGGAGCUGCUGGACCUUCACAGAGCCAUUGAGAAAGAGGCCAUUGAACUCUUCAUCAUGAGUUCCUUCAAAGACGUAGACCAAGUAUUUCAGAAGGAAUUAGCGGUUCGGCUAGAAGAAAAACGAGAUGACUUUUGCAAACAGAAUCUGAAAGUAUCAUCAGAUCGUUGCUCAGCUUUGCUUAAGGAUAUUUUCAGUCCUUUAGAAGAAGAAGUGAAAUGUGGCAUUUAUUCUAAAUCAGGAGGCUACCGUCUGUUUUUAGAGAAGACAAAAGAAUUGAAGAAAAGAUACCGUGAGGAACCAGGGAAGGGACUGCAGGCUGAAGAAGUUCUUCAGGCAUACUUGAGUUCCAAGGAAUCUGUGACUGAUACAAUUCUCCAGACAGACCAGACUCUCACAGAAAAGGAAAAGGUCAUUGAAGUGGAACGUGUGAAAGCUGAAUCUGCAAAAGCUGCAGCACAAACACUGGAAGAUAUACAAAAAAAGACUCAGCAAAUGAUGGAAGAUAAAGAAAAGAGUUAUCAGGAGCAUGUGAGACAGUUAACUGAGAAGAUAGAAAAUGAGAGGGCUCAGAUGUUAAAAGAACAAAAUAGAACAGUGGCACUUAAACUUCAGGAACAGGAGAAACUGCUAAAAGAAGGAUUCAAAGCUGAGAGUGAACGACUCUCUAAUGAGAUAAAGAAUUUGCAAAGGGAAGUAUCAAAACCAAAGAAAAUAUGUGUCAUAAGCUAAAGACCUGAAGGAUAGAGAUUUCCUCAUGACUGUUAUUCAAGGCACAACUCAAGAAGUUUUAAAAUUUGGAGAAAUUUCUCUAUACUUGCUAAUAAUUAGGUUUUGCAUUUCAUAAUGCCAAUACUUUGCAAUAUUACUAUAAUUGAAAUCAUGACUAUCUUCAUAGCAAUAUUGUUCAUUGUUGUGACAAAGAUGCAAUAAACCUUUUUAUUAAUAAAAAACAUA